UGACAGAUGACAGUGACAUUUGAUAAAGGUGUCAAAAUUUUAGUAUGUCGUAUGAUGAUUUAAAAAAAAUUAAUUUCCUAUUUUCUCUACAAUGGCAACCCUAAUUAAAGAUGUUACUUUGCAAGAAAACAUUCCAACAAAUAUACUUUUCGAAAAACAUAUUGAUUUUAUUAAAGAAUAUGGCCAAAAAGAAAGUAGCUUCGAAUAUGGUAUGACUGAUUAUUUAAGGGUUUCUGGUAUGUACUGGGGCCUAACAGCUUUAGAAUUAAUGAAUGCCUCACCGCCACAUAGCAUAGAAGAGAUUUUAGAGUACAUAAAAAAGUGUCAAGAUGCCGAAACUGGUGGAAUAAGUGCAUGUGUUAACCACGACCCUCAUAUUCUUCACACCUUAAGUGCAGUUCAAAUUCUUUGUAUCUACGACAGUCUAAAAGCCAUUGAUGUGGAAGGAGUUGUGAAAUAUAUAAAAAAAUUACAGUUGCCUGAUGGUAGUUUUAUGGGUGAUAAAUGGGGCGAAAUAGAUACCAGAUUCUCGUUUUGUGCUGUUGCAACAUUGUCAUUAUUAAAUAGAAUGGAUGCUAUCGAUGUUAACAAGGCUGUUGAUUUUGUAGCUUCAUGUAAAAAUUUUGAUGGUGGUUUUGGUUCAAGACCACUUUCUGAAAGCCAUGCGGGAUUAAUUUAUUGCUGUGUUGGAUUUCUAUCUGUUACAAAUAGGUUAGAUAUUGUAGAUCGUGAUACCCUUGCUUGGUGGUUAUGUGAGAGACAAUUACCCUCUGGUGGUUUGAAUGGUCGUCCAGAAAAAUUACCAGAUGUUUGCUAUUCAUGGUGGGUGUUAUCAUCUCUAACAAUCUUAGGAAGAUUACAUUGGAUUGAUGGCAAUGCUUUGAAAAAAUUUGUCUUGGCUUGUCAGGACACUGAAACUGGGGGUUUUGCUGAUCGACCUGGAGAUAUUCCUGAUCCUUUUCAUACUUUAUUUGGUAUUACAGCACUUUCUUUGUUAGGCCAUGAUACUGUUCAAAAAGUUAAUCCCACAUAUUGUAUGCCACAGCAAGUUAUUGAUAGACUACAACUGAAGCCUCAAGUAUUAGGAGACUAAACUAAAUGUAUUUUUGUAUUGUAUUUUUUUUAUAAAAUUUUAGAUUAAGUAAAAACCAUAUUUUGUCUUGUUUUGUAUAUAUUCUUACAUACCAAAAAAUAAAUGUUUAUUAGUCAAUAAAAUUCUAAUUUAUACACAUUGUAUCU